GCGCACACGCGCGAGCACGAAGUUCCCGCGUGGACGCCGGUAUAAAACCGAAGCGCCAGGUUCAGACAAAAGUCUACGUAAAGAGGAUUUGGUGUGUGAGUAGCGCGAGGACAGCGGAGAGCAUCCAGAAAAUGAACAGAUUUACUAAAACCCACAUGACUUCACCCAUGUACUUCCCUGGCAUGGGUACAUCCCCCUUCUUUAAGGUGACUGUGUUUGAUCGGGAGCAUUUCCAGGGCAAGUGUCUGGAGUUCACCUCCGAGUGCUGCAACAUCCAUAACUGCGGCCUGGACAACAUCCGCUCCAUCCGAGUGGAGAGUGGAGCAUGGGUGGGAUUCGAGCACCAUGACUUCCAGGGCCAGCAGUUCAUCCUGGAGAGGGGCGAGUACCCAAACUGGGAUGCCUACAGUGGCUCCCUGUCCUACCACAACGAGCGCUUCAUGUCCUUCCGCCCCAUCUACUGCGCUUCUCACCACAGCAGCCGUAUGAUGAUCUUUGAGAGAGAGAACUUCAUGGGCCAAUGCACCGAGCUGUGCGACGACUACCCCUCCCUGCAGGCCAUGGGCUGGUUCAGGCCCGAGGUGGGAUCCAUGCACGUUCAGUGUGGAGCCUUUGUGUGCUAUGAGUACCCGGGCUACAGAGGCCAGCAGUACAUCAUGGAGUGUGAGAAACACAGCGGAGACUACCAGCACUGGAGGAACUGGGGCUCCCACUGCCAGACUCCCAAGAUCCAGUCCAUCAGACGCAUCAGGGACUGAGAUGGAACGGAUUAGGACUGGCAACAGCCACGGCUCAGGCUCACACCUGGACGCUGUGCUUUAGAGGUUUGACUAUGGGCCAAAAGCCUGAACUUUAGAUUUGUUUCGGAGUUUAAGGCUUGAAUUGUCAGGACCGCAACUACAACGCAAACCAUCAGUGACGUAGAAGCUACCUCUUUAUCCCCGCUCAUAUUCAUAUUUCUGUUAAGACUCAUUUUGUUUUGGUACAAAUAAAGCUCAGAUUGAGAACCUGA